AUGGCCGAGAACCUUCCGAGCAGCGAGGUCCUCGCGGUGCCGGCAGAGCUGUACGGGGCCGUCAGUCCCCUGCCCCCGGCAGACCAGAGGAACGCGCGGUGCUGCAGCGGCGUUGGCUGGACGGCGGCCCUGUGGAGCCUCAGCGUCACCACAACCCUGCUGCUGCUCGCGUCGGUGGUAGUCACGGCCUUCGUCACCGCCACGCUGUUCAUCGCCAGCGGCGCCUCCUCUUCCAUGCAGCCACCGCCGCCGACCACCAUGGCCGACGGUGAACCGCCGCCGGCGAACCGCGGAACGCCGCCCAAGAUGGCGACGGUGCCUCAAGCGAGCUUUCAGGACGCCUUCGUUGACGCACCCGCGCGGGGCAGCCGCGCCUGCACCUCGACGGCGUGCGUGGAGCACGCGCGCCGGCUGCUGCGCCAGAUCAACGCCAGCCGCGACCCCUGCGACGACUUCUACGCGUACGUGUGCGACGACUGGGUGCGGGCGCGGCCGCUGCCUCCUAGCAGUGAGCGGCUCUCGGUGGACACCGCCCUGGUGGACGGCUACGCCGAGCUGCUCGCCUCGGGGCUGCGCGACAACGCAACCGGCCGGUUCCCGCCGCUGCGCUUCCUCAUCGACAACUGCCUGCGGCCGCAGCCGAACCUCUUCCACGCCCUGCGGGCCAUGUUCAUGGACGCGGCCCGGCUUCGACCCUGGAUGGCCCAGUCGACGGCGCGCCGCCGCCCGUCGCCCGUCGAGGUGUCGCGCAAGCUAGGCGUCGCCUUUCGCGAGCUGGACGUCGACGCGCUCUUCAGGCCCUUCGUGGUCAAGGAGGUCUCAUCCAACGACACCCGCCGCUUCGUGGGGCUCGGCGAGCCGUCCACCGUGCUCCUGCGCGGCCCGCUGGAGCGCAGAGAGUACGAGCUGGUGCGCGUGAGCUUCGCGCCCCUGCUGGGCUUCUUCCAGAACCAGACGGACGCCGACCUGCUACAGUUCGAGGAGCGACUCGCGCUCAUGCUCGGCCGCCCGCAGCUGGACGCCGCGGCGCUCGUCGGCGGCAGCACGGUCAAGGUGUUCGACCUGCCCGCGCUGAGGAACAUCGAGUGGACGAGCUUCCUGCAGAGCGUGUUCGGCAAAGGGCUGCGCCCCAUCACGGCCCGGACGUACGUCAAGCUGGCCUCGUCCGACUACCUGCUGCGGCUGGCGCGCGGAGACCUGCUGCGCUUCUCGAGCGACCUGCUGGGCUACCUGCUCUUCCGCAUCACCAUGGCGCUGUCGCCGUUCAUCGCCAAGCGCGAGCUCCGCGACCAGCUCGCAUCGGUGGCCUACGCGCGGCACCCGGAGUUUGCGCGCGCGCUCCCGCAGACCCACUACUGCCUGCGCCUGCUGGACCGCUUCGAGCCCAACCUGCCUCUGCACGUGUCGCGCCGCUUCGCCGAGUCCCUGCUGGGCGGCGAGAGCGCCGUCGAAGACCUGGUGUCCGCGCUGCGCCUCGUCCUGCUCGAGUCUGUCCAGGUGCAACUGGGCCCGCUGAGCAGCGAGCUGCGCGCGCACUUGCGCGACAAGCUGGCCGCCGUCUCGUGGGAGCCCCUGUCGCCGCGCGCCAUGGACAGCGAGACGACGCGCGCCGAGUACGUGGACGGCGUGUACCUGAGCAACUCGCGGCUCUCGACGGCGCAGUUCGUCUACACCUGGAUCCGCAAGUCGCUCGAGAAGAAGCUGAUGGCGCACAUGAGCACGCGCGCCGGCGUGGCGGCCUACCCGGGUUGGACGGGCGGCUUCCUGAGCGCCGAGAGCCGGUUGCCGCCGCCGUACGAGAGGCUCGAGAUCCCGCUGCCCGUGUUCGACUUCUUCCUCAACGUGGACCCGUCGAUGCGCCCUUUGCAGAUGGCGCGGGCCGGGCCCAGGGUGUACCGGCCGCUGCUGCGCGCCGUCUACCACUGGGCCUACAACUUCGAACGCGGCAGCACCGGAGCAGCCGGGACGGGCCUGGCGCGACGCAUGAACGAGCUGCGACGCUGCCUGGAGCGCCAGUACUCUGCCCUGUCCUGGACCGAACAGCGGCCGCAGCUGGACGCGUCGCGCACCUCGUGGUCCGACCUGUGGGACAACCUGGCGCUGCGGCCGGCGCUGGACGCGUUCCUGCUGGACAGCCGGCGAGUGGCACCCGACUACCGGCUCGCGCUGCUCGAGCACUGGAACGCCAGCCAGCUCUUCUUCGUCUCGUACGCGGCCAACCUGUGCGAGAACGGCAACCAGCGCUUCCUGCGCAAGAUGGCCGCCCAGGGACCGCACAGCCCCGCCUGGUUCCGCGUCAACGGCCCGCUGCGCAAUUCGCCGGAGUUCGCGCGCGCGUUCGGCUGCAAGGCCGGCUCGUUCAUGAACCCCGCCGACAAGUGCGCCCUGGGUCGUUGA